AUCACGUGCACGCCGCAGUCAGCUGAGCGUCACGUGGCGCUCCCGGCGGCUGCGAGUCGGGAUGGGCGAGCGGCGGGGCGCGGCGCGGGCGCCGGUGCUGCGCUUCACUAACUGCCGCCUGCUGCGCGGCCGGGCGCUGCUCAGGGAGGACCUGUGGGUUCGCGAGGGCCGUAUUCUGGACCCGGAGAAGCUGUUCUUCGAGGAGCGGCGCGAGGCCGACGAGCAGCGGGACUGCGGGGGCCGCAUCCUGGCGCCCGGCUUCAUCGACGUGCAGAUCAACGGCGGAUUUGGCGUCGACUUCUCUCAGGCUGCCGAGGACGCGGGGUCGGGGGUGGCCCUGGUGGCCCGGAAGAUCCUGUCCCAUGGAGUCACCUCGUUCUGUCCCACACUGGUCACCUCCCCGCCGGAGGUUUAUCACAAGGUCCUUCCUCAGAUCCCCAUGAAGACUGGUGGUCCCCACGGGGCAGGGGUCCUCGGGGUGCACCUGGAGGGCCCGUUCAUCAGCCAGGAGAAGCGGGGUGCGCACCCCGAGGCCCACCUCCGCUCCUUCGAGGCCAACGCCAUCCAUGACGUGCUGGCCACCUACGGGCCCCUGGACAACGUGCGCAUCGUGACGCUGGCGCCCGAGCUGGGCCGCAGCCGCGAGGUGAUCCGGGAGCUGACGGCCCGCGGUGUCUGCGUGUCCCUAGGACACUCGGUGGCUGACCUGUGUGUGGCCGAGGAGGCGGUGCAGAGCGGGGCCACCUUCAUCACCCACCUCUUCAAUGCCAUGCUGCCUUUCCACCACCGGGACCCAGGCAUCGUCGGGCUCCUGACCAGCGACCAGCUGCCCCCAGGCCGCCGCAUCUUCUACGGGAUGAUUGCCGACGGCAUCCACACCAACCCUGCUGCCCUGCGCAUUGCCCACCGGGCCCACCCCGAGGGGCUGGUGCUGGUCACUGACGCCGUCCCUGCCCUGGGCCUGGGCAAUGGCCGGCACACGCUGGGGCAGCAGGAGGUCGAGGUGGACGGGCUGACAGCUUUCGUGGCAGGUGAGCCCCCUCUGCCCCCAGCUGACCCCCUGCACACAGCCUCUCGGUUCCCGCUGCCCCCGGUAGGCAGCCCCAGGCCUGCCCCGAGCCGGCCCUCUCUGCACCCAGGCACCAAGACGCUCUGUGGCAGCAUAGCCCCAAUGGACGUGUGCGUGCGGCAUUUCCGGCGGGCCACAGGAUGCAGUGUGGAGUCGGCCCUGGAGGCUGCGUCCCUGCACCCUGCCCAGCUGCUUGGCCUUGAGAAGUGCAAGGGGACCCUGGACUUCGGUGCCGAUGCAGACUUCGUGGUGCUGGACGAUGGCCUCCACGUUUGUGCCACGUACAUUGGCGGGCAGCUGGUGUGGCAGGCGGAGGCAGCCAGGCUGUGAGCGGGGCCCUGCUGGACAGGAAGCCCACCCCGCUGGAUGGACGCCGUCAGGGAGCUGGCCUCUGGGGAGCAGGGUGGGCAGAGCUACUUUAGAUGAGGGGUUGCUGCAUAAACGCUCUCACGGCAGGC